CACUACCAUACAUACGGCAAACCAAGGGAAGUAUUGUCAACAUGUCAAGUAUAAGUGGUGUAAUUGGCACGGCUGGGAGCUUUACGUACAGCGCCGCAAAAGGCGGAAUUAUAUCUUUCACAAAAGCGCUUGCAAUUGACGAGGCAAAACAUGGAGUUCGCGUUAAUGCAAUAGCCCCAGGGGCAGUCAGUACACCCAUGCUUAAUGACUUCCUUGAAAAAUCCGGUAACGUUGAUGAAGCGGCCAGUGUUGUCAAAGGUUAUAACCAUUUGAAAAGAAUAGCAGAUCCCAGAGAAAUUGGGAAGGCGUGUUUGUUCCUGGCUGUCGAUGCAACUUUUACAACUGGUGAAGUGCUCAUGUGUUCCGCCGGAAAUGAAAUAGGUUACGGAGUGAAAUAGACAUUCAAAUCGAAGAGUGUCAUCAGACACGUACUCGUACAUUUUAUGUUUAAGCGCUUUUGAAUUUGUUAAAUAUGUGCAUUAAUAGAAAAUAAUGUAUUUGUUUCAUUUGUUCACAUAAACACAAAAAGAAGCCAUUUUUUGCAACGGUCUUAUAUUAUCAUAUAUUCCAUCUUAAAAUUUGUAUUUGAAAACAUGAAACGUCA